AUGAAUAAACGAGUGCUUUAUCUAAUACUUCUAUGUAUGAUUAUUGAAAAAGUAUUUACAAAUGAAAUCGAAAAUAGUCGAUAUCGUCGUGAAACAGUAUGGAAAACAACAGAAGUUCUUAAUUGUAUUCGUCGUCUUCGAUCAAUUAUAAUUCGUCCUUCGAAACUUGAUCUAUCAACAGAAAUGGUCAAUUGUCUUGAAAAAAGCAAAACAAAUAAAUUAAACAAGAAAAAACUGAAUACUUAA